UCGAUACUACACCUGUUCCGGUCGCCAGUCUCCGUGGAUACAACGCAAGUGUAUUCUUGUACGUGUUAUAACUGACGUAGUCAGGUUUGUGAAUAAACGUCUUCACCGUAGCAUUGUUGCUCUUGUUUUCGCCGUUUCUAAGGGAGCGAGUUAAACAUCGUGAUGUUGAGUUUGUGUGUUUGCGAAGGAGCGUUUCACGAUGAAGAGUAAUCAAAGAAAGACGAAAAUGAAGAGUCAAAGUCAUAGAUAGUGGAGUAAAAGUGCUGGGGAGGAAACACUGCGUAGACUGUAGGCAUCAAGGACGAAGAGACAGACAAGAGUAAGAGUAAAACAGAGAGAGGAUCUCCAUCAAUAGUCCCUGCUGAUGUUGUGAAUUUAUGAGAAAAGUGUCUGCACACAUAGAUGCAGCUUUGCGGAUUAAUUUGAGGCACUUCUGCAGACUCCCUGCUGAGCACAGGUGACAGCAACAAACUUGCACUGAUGGAGAAAUAUGAAAAGCUGGCCAAAAUUGGCGAGGGCUCCUAUGGCGUGGUGUUCAAGUGCAAACACAGAGAUACCGGCCAGAUCGUGGCCAUCAAGAAGUUUGUGGAGUCUGAGGACGAUCCAGUCAUCAAGAAGAUAGCACUGAGAGAAAUACGGAUGCUGAAGCAGCUGAAACAUGUCAAUCUGGUCAACCUGCUGGAGGUGUUCAGGAGGAAAAGACGCCUUCACUUGGUGUUUGAGUUCUGUGAACAGACGGUCCUCAACGAGCUGGACAAACACCCUCGAGGCGUACCCGAGGCUCAGCUGAAAAGCAUAGUGUGGCAGACGCUGCAGGCUGUGAACUUCUGCCACAAGCACAAUUGCAUCCACCGUGACGUGAAGCCAGAGAACAUCCUCCUGACCAAAACCGGAGUCAUCAAGCUCUGCGACUUUGGCUUCGCCCGCAUCCUGACGGGGCCAGAGGACGACUACACGGACUACGUAGCGACCCGCUGGUACCGAGCCCCUGAGCUGCUGGUUGGGGACACUCAGUAUGGGCCUCCAGUGGACGUGUGGGCUCUGGGCUGUGUUUUCGCUGAGCUGCUCAACGGGAAUCCACUCUGGCCCGGGAAGUCUGAUGUGGACCAGCUCUACCUCAUCAGAAAAACUCUAGGUGACCUGAUCCCUCGUCACCAGCAGGUUUUCCGCUCUAACGUUUUCUUCAGUGGAGUCAGUAUUCCUGAACCUGACACAACGGAGCCGUUGGAAAAGCGCUUCCACGGUGUGUCAUCUCAAGCCCUUCAGGUUAUGAAGUCGUGCCUCCUGAUGGACCCCUCUCUCCGGUUGUCCUGUGAAGAGCUGCUGGAGCUGCCUUAUUUCCAGGAAGAAGGGGGAACUAACUGGGGCCGCGAGAGUGAGCGCCCAGGAAGACGACACGACAAAGGCAGCCGACGCAGACAGGCAGGGGCACAGUACCUGCCUCAUCUACCAAACAGCAACAUCUCACCAGCACCGGAUGUCAAGAAACAGGUGAAGCAUAAAUAUCAUCUGCCCAACAUUUAACCACUCGGCAGCUACACUUUUGUGUGUUU